GUCGACGCGCAUGGCCGUCGCGAGUCGUAACCGAGAUGCAUCGAGAAAGAGGGAGAUAGACCGGCCGAGAUUCAAACUCGAAAUCUAAACGACCGAACACUCAGAGUCACGCGAGUGGCCGCGCGAUACGGCUCGGGCGUUUGAAAACGUACGGACGACGACAAAGGACGCGGCGAGUCGCGCGCCAUGUGCGAUCGGAGAAGUUUCAGAUUAAAGAGGAUCCUCUGUGUUCUAUCUAUCGUCAAUGGCAUCGUCCUACCGAUCGGAUACUGCCAGAAUGCAGAACCACAUGGAUCCUUUGGGAGCAAAAGUAUUGCAAGGAGGAUGGAUCUUUUACGGGACAACGAACAUCUCGACGAACGACGAUUCAACUGGGACGUGUCUCUCGAUGGGGAGAAGAUGCUCGAAGAGGAAACAAGGAGCUUCUCGUCCGAAAGAAAGUCGAAGGAUGAGAACGAGGAGGAUAAGGAUGCUGUGUCUCGGUCCAACGGAGAAAAUAAAAACGUCGCUCUUCAUCCAUCGGAGAGCCGUACGAGAGCUUCCUUCCUUCGACAGACACUGAAUACGACUGCUACAACGUCAUUGGGCGAACAACGAAGGUCUACGGGGAUCAGUGAGAUUAACAAAGCCCGUAAGAAAAAUCGUCGAACGAAGGAUCCAAGAAAUAAUUCUUCUUAUAAUAUCAACGGUAUUACGGAUGUACGUGAGAAUGAGAUAAGAAUUGGCGGUGGUAGAUCGUCGUUAAAUGAAAAUAAAGAAAAUGUUAAUAUGGAUCAAAUGUCGAAAAAGUCGAAAUACUCGCAAGCGAGAAAGUUACGUGGUGAACGACGAAGAAGACGUAAGAAUAGGGAUAGAAAAAGGGGUAGAAAGAGGUCAAGGCAAAAUGAGGAUAGAAAGACGGACGACGAGAGAAGGCGUGCGUCGAAGUUUAAAAAACGAACGGAAAAUGAAGAAGAGGGAUCCGAACGAUCCUUCGGCGAUUCUUCGAACAUAGGUUUGACGUACGGGGAAAAGAACGUCAGCAUUUUUCGACAGGAUUCAAGCAAUUUCGAUGGUUUAGAUUCGAGCACUGGCACCGGUGUUCCGUCCAAUCUUCGAGCUCCAUCGAUUACAACGACAACUACGACGACGAAUGCGAACGAUAGAAAGAGUUUGCCUCAAGUACCACCACGGCGAGACUUGUACGUUGAAAACGUCGAGAGAGAACUUUCUAAACAAUUGGAAAAGGAGAUCGCUAGAUCUGGUAUGAUAAAUUUGAGUAAUCGAGUUCUACUAACCGGUUCUACGACACAUCGAGAUGUUACGUCGUACGACGAUGAGAAGAACAAAUUAUCGAACGAGAUUACGAUCGACGAUAGAGCGAGAUUCGGUAAUUCGCGUUACGACGCCGACAAAAUGUUGGGUUAUUCGCGUACCGAGGAGGAUCUACCGAUUCUCGAUCUUGAAAAUGAAGUACUCGAAAGAACGAUAAAGGAUUAUAACGCGUAUAUGACGUCAAGCUUGAAGUUACGUCAGGAAAGGCCAAAAUUUACCUCUACAUCACGUUUGCGCGAUCAACCGAUCGUAUCUUUAAUCACGAGUACAACCACUACUACUAGAAGUACGACGACUACUACGACUACUAAUACCUUAGACGAGGAUAAUCCAAAAGGCGACUUAUCAUGCAUAAACGGAACUUUCUUGCCGGCACCGUUGGCGAGGCAUGCUCUUAUCAAAUAUGUAAAAUCCUCAAUACCGGGACACGAGUAUCUCGAAGCCGAUUACGAGUGUGCACCUGGGUUUUAUAUGGUAUCGACCGGAAGUCGAUUGCUUUGCAGAAAUCGUCAAUGGAUCGGACAAGUACCAAAAUGUAAACUGAAACAAGGAAUGGACGGUGUAUGCUCAGAAGUCUCAUGCGAACAUGUUUGUAAGGAAAUCGAUGGUAGAGCCGUUUGUUCUUGUUACAAUGGUUUCCGAUUGGAUGCAUACAAAUGCAUAGACGUGAAUGAAUGCGAGGAGAACAACGGUGGCUGUGAGUACAAAUGCGUGAACACUCCUGGAUCUUUUCGAUGCGAGUGUCCGAAGGGAAUGAAACAGGGCGAGGACAGGUUCACGUGCAUAGACAUCAACGAAUGCUUGCUGAACAACGGUCACGGUCCCUGUCAGGACACGUGUCGAAACCUCGUAGGUGGUUACGAAUGCUCUUGCGAGGGUAUCCAGGACACAGUUCUGUCGGCCGAUAACCACACGUGCCAGAACGCGGGUCCAUGCAGUGUCAACAACGCCGGAUGCUCUCACACUUGUCUCUCGACGAUGGGUCGAGUGUUCUGCCUCUGUCCGGACGGCUUCAUGCUCGAGGACGACUGGAAGACCUGUCAAGACGUAGACGAAUGCGCAGUACCUGAUCUACAAACGGAAGUGUGCCGUUACGGAUGUAUCAACACGCAAGGAUCUUACAGAUGCGCCGAACCGACAGAACUGAAGGAUCAACCGAUCGUAGAUAGUCUCUCCAUCACCUGUCUGCCCGGAUACGAGGUGUCCACGGACGGCUCUUGCGUGGAUAUCAAUGAGUGUUCUAUCGAGAAUGGAGGAUGUAAGGAGGUAUGCGAAAACACAGACGGAAGUUUCUUCUGUGCUUGCGACGGCGACGAAAAAGCUCUCUCGUCUGACGGAAAGACUUGCAUGGAUAUAGACAACGUCGUAUGUCCUCCAUUAAAUCCUGCGGGAAGAGGCUAUCUAAUGUGUUCCCGUAUGGCCGCACCAAAGUCCUGGCGAGGUAGACGUAAGAUCACUAAUCGACCAGGAACUAAAUGUUUCCUCAAAUGUCCCCAUGGUUAUCAGCUUCAUGGGGAAUACGAACUUACGUGCCAAUCGGAUGGCACAUGGGAUGGUCCAAAACACGGGGAAUGCGUUAGAUAUAGCAAGCCAAGAUUGGAAUGUCCAAAGGAUGUCGUAGCAGAGUUACCACCAGGACGAGACGAAGCUUUCGUGACGUUUGAUCAACCUUCGACUGAUCUCGAUUGGUUUCGUUAUGUACGAUCGAAACCUUCUUGGGGUACUAGAUUGGAAGCCAACUUGAAAAUUGGCACACACGAGGUCAACUUUUUCGCAAGACACCCGGUAUCAAAGAAACAAGCGAGUUGCGUUUUGCGUAUCAUCGUAAAAGACGGCGAAGCACCAAAAGUAAAAGACUGCCCGAACAAUAUCGAUGUGACCGGGAAAAAUGGUACAUCGAUAACAUGGACUGAGCCAAUUUUUACGGACAACGUGAAAGUCACGCGUAUCAGCAGCAACGAGAGUCCAGGACGUCCGUUUGACGUUGGAGGGCACAGAAUAGAAUACGAGGCCAGCGAUGAGGCCGGUUGGUCGAGCAAAUGCGUCUUCACUGUGGUCCUACGAGCCGAGUGAAAAGUAUUAAGAGAAGGGAGUCGAAGAGAAACUUGGUUUGCUCUUAUGGCGUUGUAGAGAGAAAGAGGAACGAAAGGGUGGUGGAGGAGGAGGAGGAGGAAAUAAGGGGAAAAAGAAAAAAAAAACGGAAAAAAAUAAAAGAAAAAAGGAAAAAAAAAGAGAAAGAAAUAACAAAGGAGCAAAAAAAAGAAAAAAAGAAAAGAAACGGGAAAAGGAGGAAGAAGAUAGAAACGCAAAAUAAAGUAGCCAAGGGGAGGAGGAGGAGGAGGAGGAGGAGGAGGAGGUAGAGGUGGAGGUUGAGAAAGAGGAAAGAGAAAGAAGAAAAGAGGGGUGGAAAAAAAGGAAAACGAAGGAACAGCAGAAGAAAAACAAAAAAGGAAGAAGAAGAAAAGGAGGAGGAGAAGGAGGUGGAGAUGAAGGAGGAGGAAAAGGAAGAAGAAGAAAAAAAUGAAACGCCAGUACGGAAGAAUAGCGAUAAGGUAAUAUAAAUGGAAAUUCCGGGGAAUCGCGCGAGCAAACACUACGAAGACAUAACAACACAGAUACCACCACAUUAUUCUUCUUCUUCUUCUUCUUCUUCUUCUUCCUCUUCUUCCUCUUCUUCCUCUUCCUCUUUCUCUUUUCCUUUUUCCGAGCUUCGUAAUGGAUUCCGUUUUGCAGGUUAAACGCUACCGAAAACACGAAUAUAUUUCGGUUUCUACGAUAAGCGGCACGCUCGCCUAACCCACCCAACGCCACCCACUUCCCACCUUAUCCAAUCGCGAUAUCACCAUUGCAUUUUAUAUUUGAAAACUUAUGCGAGUCGACGUUUUCCCUCCUACUUUCUCUCUCUCCCUCUCUCUCUCUCUCUCUUUCUCUCUCUCUCUCUCUCUUUCUCUUUUAUCCUAUCUCGUUCGAUAUUUCCUUCUCUCUUGCUUUUUUUUUUUCUUUUUUUUUUCUCUCUCUUUUUUUAUGUUCACUCUUUACUCUUAACAUUUUUUUCUUGUUUCCCUUUAUUUUUUUCUUUUUUUCUUUUUUUGAUCUUCUUUCUCUUUUUCUUUCUCCUUAAUCCGAAGUGUGAUCGAUGACGCUCGUAAUUGUUGAUAAUAGGGAUAAUAGGGAAGAGAGAGAGAGAGAGAGAGAGAGAGAGAGAGAGAGAGAGAGAGGGAGGGAGGGGGAAGGGGGAAGGGAAGAGAGAGGAAAAACAUUUUAUCCGCAAUCAUGUCCUCCGGUGGUUGUUAAAAUCUCAUGGGAGCCGAUAUAAGAUACGAUUUCGAUUUGAAAUCGUGUUGCGCAUCGUUGAAAGUGAAAAUGAGAAAGAGAGAAAGAGAGAGGGAGAGAGAGAGAGAGAUAGUCGAUCGAAUAACGCGAGCAAAUGAAACAUGAGCCUGUUCUAAUGGAAAACUCGUAUUUUUCGACGUAUUUUUCUUUUUCCUCUUUUUUCCUUUUCUUCUUUUCUUUUUUUCUUUUUUUUUUUUUUUUCUCAAUAAAAUCGUAUAAAUAUGAAAUUAACGUAAU